UAGCGGCGGGCAGCGGUUAGGUGGAUGAAGUCUUCACGACAGCGGCGGCCGCUGCAGCUCUUGUCGCGCUCCGUUCCCGACCGACCGCAGCCCAGAGGCAUGAGUUCCAGUCCUGUUCGGAUGGAGCCAGACUUAAACCCCCAGGAGGAGAAACAGCAUCGGAAAAGUACCCCAAGAAGAUCUUCGCAAGCCCCACGAGAAGACUUCGAAGGCCCUCCAGCCACUUCUUUUAAGCCUUUAUGUCCUGCGAAGCCCUCCCCCAGUUUUCUAGAACUCCCCUCAACUCAGUGGAGGCCCAGUCCAGUCCUGCCUUACACCCAGGCCACACGGACGGGGAAAGGAAGGCGACAUUUUUCUCCCGACCACCAGCCGCAGGAGUGCUUCGGCCUCCUUGAGUGCCUGCACAACAACAUGCAGGUGCAGACCCAGAUCGCGCAGGAGCAGCUGGCCCUGCUGGAGGACAUCCGGGAGUCCGUGAACCUCCUCCUCUCCCAGCAGGACAGGCAGAACGGAGAGCUCCGGGGCCAGCUGGAGCAGCACACCCCGAGGGACCCGGCCUCCUCCCCGCACCCCGUCAGCUAGUAGGGAGUGCCCUCGCCCCCUCCGCAGCGCAGGCUGU